AUGGAUGGGCCUUUAGCAAUUUUUGUCAAGAUAUUGGGUGACGAGUCAUUGUUGGUGAUAAAACAGAAUCUGAGUUCUGAACUCACAGAACAAUAUGUUUUACCAAUGAAGAGAAGACACGAAAACAAUGAGGAUGAAAUCCAAGAGAGAAAGAGGCACAUGACCGAUGAAGAACUCGGAGAGUUAAUUGAUUUUGCUCUAAACAUAGUAAAUGAAAUUGAGCCAGAAAAUAAAGAACAUUUAAAUCAAAUUGUGUGGCUUGCG